UAUUGUUUCUCGGGAGGGGAAGAGGCUGCUGGAAAAGAAUGAUUUUGAUGCGACUUGAGCAGUGAUUCAGAAGGCAACAGCGCAGACAGCUUCGUGUGUUAAUUGUCGACAGUGUGCUGGGAGUGGCACACACACACGUUUCGGAGUGGCAUGAUAAAGUCGGUGUAACGUAAGAAGAAGUCCACCAAGAAGUGCGUUCUCGUGUUGGGAAGACUGCUUAACUCCUGUUGUGUGUUUGGCCUCCUCCUUCCAUCAUGGCGUAUGCAGCCUACUACAAGUUCCUUUCGCAGCCCAGCCAGGCCACGCCCAAACCAGCAGCUCAGGUCUCCACCGUGACGCCUUCUCAGUUUGAGAAGGCGUCAUCAGGCUCCAACAUGGCUACAAAGCCUGGGGGAGUUACCACAACAAAAGGCGGCACCGCAGGAAGUACUUCUAUCACGACAGCGGGACAAGGGGUUCCUCGAGCUAAACCCCAGACUAACACCAAGCCCACUGUUAUUGACAUGUCGUCUGCUGGGUCGACUGUUGUCAACAUGACAUUGUCUGGGGCGAGCGGCAGUCCCCAAAUGAUGUCGAAGACGUCACCUGUCUCCACUCUAAAGUCUUCUACUGCCGCUACCGGAACAGCGGCGGCCACAGCAGCAGCUAAUGUUGCCGUGUCGUCAUCUAAAGGCUCCCCAAAAGACAUGGCCAAGGUGCAAGUGCAAGUACGUCCCACUCCCGAAACAAUCGGGCCCAAAGAGACACCUGAAAUCGAUCCCUUUGACGCCUUGGCCAGUAUCCUUCCACCAGUUGAUCCGGUCACUCCUAAACAACCGAUAUUCACUGGGCCCGAGGUCAAAGAGCGUGACGCCACAGCCGAGAAGGCUCCCAAGUGUGGAGAAAGAGAUGACACGCUGCCUCCCGAUUACAGAUUUGAAAAUAUGGCUCCGCCUCCUGCAGACGCCAUACCUAAGGAUGUUCCUAAACCACUCAGCACCGACGAGGCCCUGGAGUCGCUUUCAGCGGGUUUCAUGACAUCAACUGUUCCAACUGCACCCAAAAUGCACCAGCAAAAAGACACCACCGAUGCCUCAUCUGCUGCCCCUUGUUACGUUGCACCACCGCUUGUGAAGAAAGUUGACAUCCCUGCACCGGCUCCUUACGUAGCAGCUCAGCCUCCAGCUGACAAAAAAGCCAAGAUGGAAGUUGAUAACUUCUCGUUGGAAGCUUUAAUUCCCCCUGCCCAAUUCCAGAAAACAGUGUGCGUGGGUCCUCCCCCUACUGAAAAGGAAACCCUUGCGGAAAAAGCUUCUUCUGAUUUUUCUCUGAAAGCUGAACUGGACACAAAGCCCAAGACGGAUGAGGGUGGCUCGAUGUCUCUGGGUGCUCUCAGUGCUCUUGGAGACAUGCUGGCAGCACCAGAACCCAAACCAGAACCCAAACUUAGACCGGAGGACAUGGUCUCGGAGAAUAAACAUAAGGAGGAAGACGCCGUGCGUGUCGGAGAGAGGGAGGAUUCAAUUGCACCGGAGUACAGGUUUAAUGAAGAGGAACUCAAGAAACUGCCUGCUCCCAAACCUCAGCCCACCUUGAACACUAAUGAGGCACUGGAUCUUCUCUCCGACGACUUCUUGACCUCCUCAACUGCUCCUGCACAGAAAGCCGAGGUCCCUGCGUUUGUUCCAACUGUCUCUGUGUGUCCUGCUCCACCCAAGCCUUCUCAGGGUGGCGCCAUGCCUCUGGAUGCACUCAGCGCUUUGAGUGACACUCUACCGGUGGAUGCACCAAAACCAGAACCCCCCAAGCUCAGACCCGAAGAGAUCAUCUCUGAGAAAAAACAUAAGGAGGAGGAGGCCGUGCGGGUAGGAGAGAGGGAGGACUCAAUUGCACCCGAGUACAGGUUCAAUGAGGAGGAGCUUAAAAAAUUACCUCCUCCCAAACCUCAGCCCACCUUGAAUACGAAUGAGGCUUUAGAUCUUUUGUCUGGAGACUUCGCAAGCUCCUCAGCCGCCCCAGCACAGACCAAAAAAACGUUGUCCGCUCAAGAUCUUCUGACUUCAACCAAAUCGUCCGCUGUUCACGCACCUCUUCCUCCUUUGACCAGAAAGGCACCCCAGGUAUCGGACUGCCCUCCAGUGUUGGCGCCACCAGCAAAGCCCGAGACCGAUGAAGGUGACUCCAUGUCGCUGGAUGCUCUCAGCGCUCUUGGUGACACAUUGGCAGCACCGGAACCAAGACCAGAACCCCCCAAACUUAGACCCGAGGACAUUGUGUUGGAGGAUAAACACAAGGAGGAAGACGCAGUGCUUGUUGGAGAGAGGGAAGACUCAAUUGCACCCGAGUACAGAUUUAAUGAGGAGGAGCUUAAAAAACUGCCCGCUCCCAAACCUCAGCCCAAGAUGAAUACCAGUGAGGCCCUGGACCUUCUGUCUGGAGACUUCGCCACCUCCUCUGCCGCUCCUGCUGUCCACGCUCCCGUGGUCUCCUCCUCCGCCGCUCCUGCGCAGUCCUCUGCAGACUUUGCUCUGGAUGCCUUAGCGGGAGACUUUGUUUCAUCCUCUGCUGCCCCCACAGUGAAAUCUGCUGCUUGUGUCCCCACAGAAACUGCCUCAGAGACGCAGUUUUCUCCAGGAGCAGACAGCGCCCUGGAUGCUCUUUCAGAAACUCUCGUCACGGAAAUUACACCCGCCCCUCAGCCAGCCCCCAUUCCUGCCAAAGACCUUGUCAAGGAGAAGAAGGCCGUUGAAGAGAGGCUCAUUAAAAUGGGAGAGAGAGACGACACCCUUCCGCCCGAGUACAGACCCACCGAGGAGGAUCUUAAGAAUAUGGCCGAGGCGAAGGCGAACGCGGGCGCCACACCGAAGACGUUGAUGGACGAUAAGACGGCCUUGGACUUGCUGUCCAGUGACUUCAACACAUCGGUCUCAUCGUCUGCUGCCGCCACCGCAGUGGUGACGCCUUCCGCGCUUGACUCGGAGGCCCUCAAGCAGCCCAUGCCCCGUCCCGUUCCGGAGACACUGGCUGACACCCUCCUUCCAGAUGACCCAGCAUUCAAGGCGAAGGCGGGCACAGCCAAGAGCAAGAGCAAGUCAAAGUCAAAAUCUAAAAAACAACAUGCAUCGGAGCCUCCUGCCGACAAGCAGCUCUCCGGCCAACAAAGCUCAGACGUCGUACCGACAUCUGCACAGAAGGGAAGGAAGAGCUAGACGACCGGCUGUCAGUUUGGACCUCCGGAGGCCUUUGAGGAAGCACUGGUGGUGGACCCUCGUCUCUGCAUUGAGAUUGUACUUUAUUAAAUCAUCCAGGAUGUACACAAGAAUUUAACGACAAUGUACACACACACACACACACACUCGCACACACCCACACUAUUUACAAGCAUGACUUUUCUGCUUGGUUUCCACUUGUACUCAAAGAUGAGGAGCUUUCGGUUUCUGCUUGUACUGUAGCAAGACAUGCUGGAGGGGAAAAAAACAAAACAAAAAAAAAAACUUAUGCGUUUGCUGGUCAAUGUGGAUAAGAAUGUUGUCCAUGUCUUGGUUUCGUUCUCCUGCGCUACACUGGUUAACACAACGGCCGUGUGAACUAGCUGACUGUUGGCUUACACGAGCAGUGGGGAGCGAGUGUAUAGUAUUUCGAUGUUGUGCAAUGCUUGAUGCAAAUCCAAUUUGUUUUCCGAUCACCAUGUGCUCAAGUGCCAUGAAGACGCUUUGUUCGCCUAUAUUUUUCGACAAUACAUAGAAACAGGCAGAGGAGGCUUCAUUCCGUGCAAAUGUCAUUUUGAGAAAUAGCUGUAGGGUCUCUGGUAUAUAUUUUGUAAAAUAAAGUACUGGCGUCCACAAUUGCACUUUGUAAACCAAGGCGGUGUUUAAAACAAACUGUAAAAAAAAAAAAAGAUUU